GCAAAAACUCCGCCCAGAGGUUCGGGUGGCAGAGGAGUCAUUGGCAUAUAAAAGCUGCCGAUAGGGUCAUAGAAAAUGUUUGCUAACUUGCCCGGCCCUGCAGCUGUAAUCAGUUAUCUUGGCCAGAACAUCCUCUCCAGCCAACUUGAUACCAAGCACUGACAUCAGCGGAAUACGGCUUUUCGACCGUGGCUUUUCUCUUCUUACCGGCGGCCUUCACCCGAUUGGGCCACGGCUAUCAGUUUGCAUAUCGCCUCCUCUAUUCUCGUUCCUUUAGUCAUCUCGGCAUUAACUAUCAUCUCCCCCUUUUCUUGCUGCUUGCCUGUGCCGUUCGACCCGAAACUUGUCAGUGCUCGAAGGGCGUGCAUCUCCUCCUCGUGACGAGGAUGAAACGAGAAAGGACGAUGGUUAGCCGGAGACUGCGAUUUUAUAGGAACGGGCCAGCCCCGUUUACGGGCCGGUUUGUACUGCUUACAUAUCUCCCACCUUGACCCUGGCAAGUCUAACUGUGGGUCGGUUAGAGGGUCGGACCCAUGGUUGGAGAUAAAAUGCACAAGUUGGGUCAUUGACAUCGAUUCCUGGAUGAGUCGAAAAUUGCUAACAGUUUCGAUUACCAGUUAGCUAACUACAACUCGCUUUGCAUGAAGCUGCAGUAUCAGGUCAAAAAUACCUCAUUGACCAACAUUUAAUCUUCAUAUCUACAGAAAGGAUAAAAACAAUAAAUACAAGUUGAGGACGCAAGAUUUCAUUCGGCUCCUUGCGUUCGUAAUCAGAGUCUGAUUCCGGUCUGAUAAAUAUUUUCAUCGGUACUUAACCCAGUCAAUCCAUAUAUGUCAUAGACGUAGUGAUCGUUGCUAACUAUCUGCCUAGACAAGCAAGACUUUCACUGUCAUAAAGUUAGCCAUAAAAUCACAUCUCUGCAUAGUCAUUAUCAAACUUGAUAUACCAUCAGAUUUCAAAAGGAUAUCAAGGGGAUGGGACUGAGUGCAGAGUCGUCUACGCAGGAGAUUGAAGCGCAGGACCUGGAGAAGGCAGUUGAGGCCAUUCCUAUCUCCUCCUUCGCCGAAAUACCCUCGGAAGAAGGUGGUUCUCAGACACAAUCCGGGUCAUCUUCGGAUCAUGAUCAUGAUGUCAACCAAAUAUCCAAAGUACCCACCAAAACGGUAGAACGGCCAGGAGUACUAGAAAAGACUCUCUCCCUUGUUCGAACAAGAGAGUCCAACCGGGAUCCUGGCCCACCUCCAGAUGGUGGCUACCACGCCUGGCUACAAGUGGCUCUUACCCACAUGGUUAUCUUCAAUACAUGGGGAUUCGUUAACGGAUUUGGUGUAUUCCAGUCAUACUAUACUGAAGCCUUGAAACGGUCACCUUCCGACAUAUCAUGGAUUGGCGGAACUCAGAUCUUCCUUCUCUUCUUUAUUGGGACAUUUUCAGGUCGGGCAACAGAUGCAGGAUACUUCAAGGCUGUCUGGUCUGCAGGUGCCGUGAUAAUUAUCUUUUCACUCUUCAUGACCUCGCUGUGCAAAACAUACUGGCAAACCUUUCUUUCCCAGGGCGUCUGCAUGGGAAUAGGAAGUGGUCUUAUAUUUUGUCCCAGUGUGGCUCUUCUAACCUCUUAUUUUGCACGUCGACGGUCCCUCGCAAUCGCCAUCACUGCAUCCGGUAGUGCAACAGGAGGCAUUGUCUACCCGGUACUCGUGCAACAACUGCUCCCCAAGAUUGGUUUUGGAUGGACCAUGCGAGUUAUUGGCCUAAUAACCGCCGUAACGCUGACCCCUGGCUUCUUCUUCCUUCGCCAACGCAUACCUCCCCGUCGAACGGGUCCCUUCUUUGAACUUCAGGCGUUCCGCGAACCUGCCUACUCUUUAUAUGCAGUGGCCAUGUUCCUUAAUUUCUGGGCCCUGUACAUAGCCUUCUUCUAUGUUGGCAGCUUCGGCCGUAAUGUAAUCGGCUUGUCCCAAAAAGAUUCCAUAAACUUGAUCCUCAUAAUAAACUGCUGCGGUAUCUUCGGUCGCCUCAUACCCUGCUAUAUUUCAGACUGGAAAUCAGGCCCUAUAAAUGCCCUUAUACCAUGCACUGUUGUGGCAGGAGCAACGUUAUUCGGAUGGAUCGGUGUGAAAAGGGAACCCAACUUAUACGCAUUUUCUAUCACUUAUGGGUUCUUCGCCGCUGGAAUACAGGCGUUAUUCCCUUCUGCCCUAACAAGUCUCACAACGGAUCUGAAGAAGAGCGGCAUCCGAUUCGGGAUGACGCUGAGCAUUGUAAGCUUUUCUUCCUUGACAGGUUCGCCUAUCGCUGGUGCGUUGAUUGCAUUGAGGGAUGGUGACUUUCUAUACGCCCAGAUUUUUGCUGGUUUGUCAAUGUUCCUCAGCCUCGCCGUCUUGCUGUUAUCCCGGUCAAAAGUAGUUGGAUGGAAGCUCAAAGCGAGAGUUUGAUGGUUAACCUCUGCGUUCUUUUAUAUAUUCAAAAGUAUUAUCUGGAGUCGAGUUUAGGUUUCUGCAUAUAAACAUAUACAGAAGAAUGUAGCGAAGGUAAUGUCUACUUAUAUAUCGAGUAUUUAGAAAUAUCGAUCGUCCAGUGUCAUGCCCCAGCUGUACACUAUGUACCAGGAGCCUUGACAUAAUUUGAGAAACCAAAAGAUGAUAAUCAGCCAAUUCCAAGCCACCUUUGUUCAUCAGUACUCAAAACAACUAAGGCCGUAAAUCUUUACGCAUUGGUGAUACUCUGUGAUUUUGUAGAUAUAAGGAGAAGGUAACAAGCUGGCCGCACAUUAGUUAGCCGCAGCAGUACGUUCAGCAAGCAUAUUCGAAUUGAGGACCUGAGCUGGAAUCUGGCGUCAGGACAAACGCUAUAAUGAAGUGUUUGCCUUCGUUCGAGAUGACUGUGCGAUCGGCACUGACCGCAGUGUCGAUGUCGUUUUUGGAAACAUUCAGGGAGCUUCUUGAAAGUUUCUGAGGCAUGGAGCACCAAUCUGAAUGUAAAAAUCUACUGCCCAUAGAUACUCCUAUUCGGCUAUUAGUAUGAAUCUAACUUGAAUUAGAAUUCCAAUUAACAUACGUCUUCAUCCACAUCAAUUGAAGCCUCUUCGCGUUCGCUGAGAAUUCAAGUAAGGCUGCCUGUCGGUGAACGGCUCGCAGGUUUUGGUAUAAAUGUCGACUGGACCAAUUCGGAAGAAGAUUUAGAUACGGCUAAUGAAGCCAGAUGCAGCGUCCCAUCUUCGAAUUCCACGGCUGAAACUCUGUUUUAGUUCGCGGACAUGCGUUCAUAUGCCUUCGGGCAAAUAAACAAGAGACCCAGUGGGCUAACACCGUUGGGUUGAUGCUAUGUACUGCUUACGAUCUUUUGAACAUACGCACCGGGAAGCCGUGUGCAAGUGUGUCGAUUGCCCGUGUCUUUAUAUUGCGAUACUCCCACAUUGCCCCAAAAAUCUCUAGUUCUUCAAUGAGGUCCUUUUUUGCUCGGGAGGUUGAGAGCACGGAAUGGGAAUUUAGCACAGUAAAGAAGAGAAGAGAAGAGAAGAAGUUCCGAUCGAAGAGUAUUGAAGCUCUCUCGAUUCCAUGAGUUCUUCAAACUGGCCCUCUUCAUGGGGAAUGUUUGCUUCUUGAGAUUUUAGCUCUCCGUCUUUAUCAAAGAUGAGAUUGUCGCCGCUUCGGAUCGUAACUCCAAUCCGCGAAGUCGUCGAGCGACAUGGACAGGGAGGAGACCGUUUUAGUUGGGUAGGAGCUUCAAGAUAGAAACAGACAGACACAGGAGCAUGAAUGCCAGCGGACCCUUUAGUGGGUACGUUAGGGUUGCUGGUCCGUUUUAAUAUAUAACUGUAGCUGUAGGUUGUCCGGAAUAACUUUAAGCUUGGGUUCUUCGUUCUUGGUGAUAGAUAAGGAGGUUCUUCUCGCCAUAUAGUGACCUAAUGUCUGGGCGCUAAGAUGCUUAGAACCAUCCAAUUCUACCAUCGUGAUCAUAUAUGUCGGAAUUAUAGACCCAGUUGCAUCUGGGAGACUCGAAAACGGCUCUAUAAUCUCUACACGGGUACUGUGAUGGCAUCCCGUUGUAAAUAGCAAAGUGUCUGCCCGAAAUGUAUAUAGGGUACAGCAGAUAGCGGGAUAUGAAGUAGCGGGUAUAAUAAGAAUAGCCAGAGGAUGAAGCAGGCGAAAUUAUGGCCCCUUUUAUGUCUCUCCAUCCAAGCAGUGACUGUGCUUCUGGUAUAACUAUUGAAUGGGACACUGCAGGUUGACCUUCCAAAGAGUGAAUGUCUCACAGUGACUCUCUUUAUUCCUGGAUGCUGAUAUCUUUGAUGUCUUUGAUGUCUCUCCAACUUACGGAGUUUGGAGUGAAGUUGAAGGAAAGAAAACUGACGAAUCAGAAUGCAUGAAAAUAAGAGGAUCUGAACAGCCAAUCAGAAACAUUGAAUUAGCAGCAAGUGCAAACAGUGCAAACAAGCGGAUGUCUCAC